AUGCGUUUUGUCUACUCCGCUGCUGCCGCUCUCGUCGCUGUUUUCGCUUCGAGCGACGCGGCUUCGACUGGUGCCGACGCGAACGCGCUGCUCGAGUCCGACGUGUCUCUUGUGGCUCGCGUGACGGACGGCAACGCCUACGACGUGGACACGCAGAGGCUUCUGCGCGAGGCUCUUGACGACGAUGAGUCGAUGCUGCCUGCGGAUUUUGAGGAGAGAGCUCCUGGUGGAGCAGUCGUUGAAGAAGCGGCGCCGAAACUCGAAAAGGCUCUCAGUGGUGUACUUCAUGCCGGAGAAGUUGGCGGAGGGGCGAACGCCCGGCUGGCGGAAACGGCUAUUGCCAAUAGUCAACAGAUCGAAGAAAUCCAAAGAGGAGCUGUCGCCAAAGUACAACACGUCGAAGAAACCCAAGGAGGGGUUGCCGCUCAAGGGCAACACGUUGAAGAAAUCCAGGGAGGCGCUGUUGCCAAAGGGCAGCACGUUGAAGAAACCCAUGGAGGGGUUGCCGCCAAAGGGCAACACGUCGAAGAAACCCAGGCGACGACAAAACUCUCUUGGACGAAACGUCAAUGGGAGAAGUUUGUGAAUUUACUCAAUAAAUCGAAGCUCUUCCGAGACUUCAUGGCGUGGAUCAAGUCGCACAAGGCCAAAGUCAAACCGGUCGGUGAAGGCAACACUGCAGACGCGACCGAUGGCAAGAAACUCGAGGACGCGGUUGAAGACGCCGGAACUGUCGGGACUGCUGGAGCUACUCGCGCUGUCGACCCCAAUGGAGCAGCGAACGCGGGCGUUCACCCUACUGGAGCUCACUCCGAAACUAUUCCUAAUGGAGCAGCGAACGCGGGUGGUCGCCCUACUGCAGAACAGCCCAAGCCACCUGUGUCUCCCGAGGAGCUUCCUGUUCGUGCUGAGCCCAAGCCACAACCGAGUGUCGAGAACCCGUCUGUUGUUGCCGAGAACAAGCCAACGGCCAAUGCCGCGAGUGAGAGAGUCGUCCCGAAGGAUGACGCGUAG